AUGCCCACAGUUGUGGACACGUCCCUGCUCCUCGCCAUCACUGUUAUUGGGAUCACUGUGCUCCUGUUGGCCCUGAAGAACAAGAAUGUAAAGAAGAGGCGUCCUGUCACCUUACAGCACCCUGAAGCCAAGUUCCUGCUGCCCCUGACUGAGAAAGAGCAAAUCAGCUACAACACUCGGAGGUUCCGCUUUGGACUGCCCUCGCCGGACCAUGCCUUAGGGCUUCCUGUAGGUAACUAUGUUAAUCUCUUGGCCAAAAUUGAUGGUGUGUUGGUGGUCAGGGCUUACACGCCUGUGUCCAGUGAUGAGGAUCUAGGCUUUGUGGACUUAAUUAUCAAGAUCUACUUCAAAAAUGUACACCCUAAUCAUCCAGAAGGGGGGAAGAUGACUCAGUACUUGGAGAACAUGAAAACUGGGGACACCAUCCUUUUUCAAGGGCCAUCCGGGCGCCUGUUCUAUCAUGGGUCAGGGAAGUUUGCGUUCAAACCAUAAAAAACGAGUGAGCUUGAAAAUAAACUGGUCCAUCACCUGGGAAUGAUUGCUGGGGGCACAGGGGUUACGCCCCUGCUGCAGCUCAUCCGCUGCAUCACCAAGAAGCCCAGCGACAAGACCAGGAUGUCCCUUGUCUGUGCCAACCAGACACAGGAGGAGAUCUUGGUGAGAAAGGAGCUUGAAGAAGUUGAUAGAACUCACCCAAAGCAGUUCAACCUGUGGUACACCCUGGACAGGCCUCCUGUUGGCUGGAAGUGGUCAGGCUUCAUUACUGAGGACACGAUCAAAGAGCAUCUCCCUCCUCCUGGGAGGUUCUCGUUCAUCCUGGUGUGUGGCCCACCACCCCUGAUCCAGAGAGCCGUGCACCCUAACUUGGAGAAACUGGGUUACACCAAGGACAUGAUUUUCACCUACUAAUGCCUCCCUUGCUCUUAGCAAAUUUGCCUAGUCCCGUUCAUGUUUCACAGUGAGCUCAGCUUCACCAUGUUAUACUGGGAAGUGUUCAGAAGUCCCUCGUAAUGCAUCUUUGUGUAUGCUGGCGCUCCUUCCUCUCUAAAGUAGCUUCUGAGGCCUCCUUGCUUGAAGAGCCUUGAAGGAAUUCCAUUUCAGUAUCUUUUUCCAUAGUUUACUGAAAUAAAAUUCAGUGCAAAGCAGAUAGCCAUUGAGUGUGGCUCUGUGGGGGACCUGCCAGACAGGUAGAAGGCCUUGGCCUGCCCCACAUGUGAAUUGGCAUCUUGUGUCCUUGGGGGGGUCACAAUGGUCAAA